AUGACACCUCUUAACCCUUAUACAGAAGUAAGGCCUAAUAUUAUAAUAACUGAAACUACUGACUCUGAAACAGAAACCACAACAGUAAUGAAGGAAAAAGUAAAGUACAGAUGGAAGAAUGCUGACCCUACGAAAUGGAAAAGAAACAUAGAACUGCAAAAAAAAAGAAAGUGUUUGCCAUAUUCAAGUAAAUAUGGAAAGCUUCGUGCACCUAAAGUACCUAAAAGUCCAAAAUGCAGUAAAAACUGCCGCCAUAAAUACGCUGACAAUUUUGGCGUGCAGAAAUCUGCAAGUCUUAUUGGUCUAUUCAAGAUUUUAAGUUACAAAAAGAGUUUUUACUUCAGCGUA